AAGGACCCCUGAAGUGGGCCAUGGUGCUUCCUUUUCGUUGUCUGCAGCCUCCUCAGCGCACCGUACUUGGAGUCCUGCUAGGGCUCUAUGGAAGGAAGGGGCUGGACUGGACUGUCUCCUGUGGAUUCUUCUAAUGUGGAUUCGUCUUGAUAUGCUGCCUUUUUUUUUCCUGUUCAUCCUUUUGUGCUUCCUCAUAAUCAUGCUCUGCCCAUUUGUUUGAAAUGUAGAGUUGACUGUGGCUUUCUUGUUACAACAGGAUAUCCAAGUGCCAUUUCCAAGGUUAUCUUCCUGCUGGGUUCAGUCUUAAGGAGUCUGUUGGAAUGAGUUCUUCUGGUGGGACUAAAUGACGGCAACACAGAGCUCACUUUUGUCCUUCGAUUGUAGGCCUACAGCUGAACCAGAAGGCCCUCACCUCUUACCCGGAUGUGGUGCUUGUUCGGGUGUCCACCCCCUUUCUGCAGUCGGACAGUGACAUCACGGUCCUGCGACACCUGGAGAAGUUGGGCUGCCGCUUAGUCAACCGCCCGCAGAGCAUUUUAAAUUGUGUCAACAAAUUCUGGACAUUCCAAGAGCUGGCUGGACAUGGAGUCCCCAUGCCAGACACCUUCUCUUAUGGUGGGCAUGAGGACUUUUCAAAAAUGAUCGAUGAAGCUGAGCCCCUGGGCUACCCGGUCGUGGUGAAGAGCACACGAGGACACCAGGGAAAAGCUGUCUUCCUUGCAAGAGACAAACAUCACCUCUCAGACAUCUGCCACCUGGUCCGCCACGAUGUGCCCUACCUGUUCCAGAAGUACGUGAAGGAGUCACAUGGGAAAGAUAUCCGGGUGGUGGUGGUCGGGGGCCAGGUGAUAGGCUCUAUGCUUCGCUGCUCCACAGACGGCCGGAUGCAGAGCAACUGCUCUCUCGGUGGUGUGGGCGUCAAGUGCCCGCUGACAGAACAAGGCAAGCAGUUGGCUAUUCAGGUGUCCAACAUCCUGGGCAUGGACUUCUGUGGCAUUGAUCUCCUCAUCAUGGACGAUGGCUCCUUCGUGGUGUGUGAGGCAAAUGCCAACGUGGGUUUCCUCGCCUUCGACCAGGCAUGCAACUUAGACGUGGGUGCAAUCAUCGCAGACUAUGCCAUGUCCUUGCUGCCAAAUAUGCAGACUGGGAAGAUGGCCGUCCUCCCAGGACUGUCUAGUACCAGGGAGAAGAGCGAGCCAGACGGCUGUGCUUCAGCUCAGGGAGUUGCAGAGAGCAUCUACACCGUCAACAAUGGGUCUACCUCUAGCGAGAGUGAGCCUGAACUGGGAGAGGUCCGGGGCUCCUCAGCAAGCACGAAGGGGCCCCCGCCCCCCACGCUGCCCGAGCCCAGCUACAACAUUAACAACAGGAUUGCUUCCGAAUUAAAACUUCAGUGAAUUCCUGCUUUUUGUUGGCAGCAUUUAAACCAAAUCCUACUGCUUCCCUAGUAGUUUUGAAUGAAUAAAAUCUGGACUAAUGUGAUUUCAUUUGCACAGAAAUUAGAAAUCCCAUCUGGGCACUCAGCAUUCUUUCUAAGGAUGAUUUAAGCAAACGGCCUAGCUUUGUGGUUUUUACAAAGGCUCAUCUAAAAACACCAGGAACAGCAUCCCCCCUGAUCAGUUUGAGAGAGAGGUCUGCUGCAAGCACUCGGCCAUAACGACUGAUUUUAGGGCGCUGACUCUGUGCUGCUGCUUCUGGCUUUUAGUAGCAGAGCCCAUUAACUGGGAACGGCUCCUGAAAAUACUGUUCUCACAGCAACCACCUGAUGGAGGCGUGUGCAGAAGAGGUGGAAUGUGACUGCGGCUAUGUGCUUUUCAAAGAGAGAGAGAGAGUGUGUGUGUGUGUGAUGCUUGGAGAGUACACAGUUCAAAUACUAUUAGAGGAUCGACCUCUGCUCCCCAUCCAUCACCAUCUUGACCAUAUUUCUCUGACACUCAGGAGAUGGUGUCCUAGGGAGCUUCCUCAUUAGUAUUUUCAACGAAGCACUUUGUAGAAAGUAAAAUUGAACGUUCUUCGACUUCAGUGGUUGGCAAAUGUCCUGCUGUAACUGGGGCAUUCUACAGAUGGCGUUGCCGCUUCGAAUUUACAGACCCCGCUUCAACUAACGCCAGCCUGCUGCCAGCAGCCUCUUGCACCUUUGCUGCCUUUGGCCUCAGCUGGAAAUGCACUUCAACGAGCUAGUGGCCACACCGUCUAUUUCUUAAGUGUGCACUAGGACCAGACACCAUGGACUUUCUUUUCAAUGGACGAUUUUCACUUGUCAUCUAGAAGCCAUUGGUUUAUAUCAUGAAAAGCUACUGGAAGAGAAUCACUUUCCCCCUCCGCUACUGAACCUUUGUGGACACUGCUUAGCUGUAGGAGGUUUUCUUAUAUGAGUUGGUAUGUGGGCCCGUUAGGUAGAUAGGGCCAUUAGAAACACACUCCAAUCCCCUUAACAUUCUAGUCUCAUUCGGGUUCCAGAGACCUGUCCUUACCCACCUUUCCAAACUGGGGAGACUCAGGUAUCAGGACUUACUCAUUGCACAUUUGGGGGGGUUGGAUACUGUAGAUGUGACACCAAGUGCUUUUCGUUUCAACUCUUCAAGCAGUAGAUGUUGAGCCUCCCCUUGGGAGAAGUCAUGGAAAGGGAGUGUUCCACUUCUGCUAUAUGAAGUAUGACUGCAAACGAGCAAGGCUACCUUUUUAACCAAAUACACCAAAACAUGCACUCAAGAGGUACCAUAAUCAGGGUUAUUUCCUUGGGAGAUCAUCCUCUUGAGCUGUGAUGUUGCAUGUGCCAAGAACACAUAGAAUUCCUGCUUGGGGUUAUCUUUGAAACCAUUCAAGGAGAGAGGACUCAGCCUUAUAGUCAGGUCUUGUUUUUUACACCACCCUUCCCCAGAGGUAGACCUAUGUGCCAUCACCCAUUUUAUUUAUCAGAUUUUUCUUCUAAUGCUCAUUGGCUAUUAAAAAGAACAUUUCUCGAGACUUAACAACAUUGAGGAAAGCUUAUAAGGAGACAGUUUCCAAGGACAGUUCUGGAGAUGUUCUGAGUAAGGUCAGCUUCAUUAGACUAAACAUACAUCUUCCCAAGGUGACUACUGUGAAGGCAACAGCGCCCAUUUGGGUGUAUAAAUGCCUGUGCUUAUUCUGCUGUAAAUGUAAAGUGUGUAUAAGGUCAAACAAUUCCAUUUUUUCACAACACACAAAUAGAAAUUGGCUUUUAAAAUAUUGUGGCUAAAAUCAGAUCUCACCAAGUAACAGUUGUACAAUUGGAAAAUGUCCAGCGCCAUAUAAUAGCAAUGCCACACUACACAGGUGUAGUUUAAAUGCAGUCCAAUAUAGGGUGCAUGCCCCAAAACUGUAACCUUAGUAACGUGUCUUACACAGUUGAAAAUGGAAUACUUCAUCUUUAUAUAGGUAACAACAUGUAUCUUAUAUUUACUGCUCAGGGUAGGUUUAGAAGGAUAGUCUUAGGUCUCUUCUCUCUCAAGUUGGCCAGAUGCUUUCUGUGUAAACAUUGGAAUCAAAUGACCUCUGGAAACUGCAUUCGCUCAUUCUCACUGUUUAGUGUAAGUCCAGUCUUCCCACUUUAUCUAAAAGCAUGCUAGUGGGCCCUAUCCUGAGCAGAGCAGCUAGAGAGCGCUUCCAGAUGUGUCAGAGGGGCCCAUUUUCCAGCUGCUAGUGACAUCUGUAGUCAUUGGCAUCAUCGCUUGGACCCUAGACCUGUCUGGAAGCAGAGAAAGCUGGAUCAUAGCCCCCCUCCAGGUUUCCCAUACUAGCUGUGGACUCUGUGAGCCUCAGUCAUUAAAACAGUCAGGUGGCUGGGCCACAUGUCACAGCUGCCCACAAGGCCUGCUGGGAGGAACAUGGGGCACAGGGCCAGGUCCUGGUUCUGGCUCUCUCCUUAUACACCUGAUUGAACUUGUACAAUCAGGUGGUCUCUGUGCCCCCAUUUUUUCUGUUCUUCAGUUAGGGAAGAUGCCUGUUUAGCUCUUGGGGGUGCUUUGAGGUAGAAGGGAGUUCAUUGAUGAGACUGUAUUAUGUGGGAGGUGGUGGAAGAACACCUCCCACAUCUGAUUUUACAACAGCUUCUCACCCCUCCUCUGAGGGAGUGAAAGGAAGAGGCCCUGAAGUUGGCAUUAGCUCACGGAACAAUGGUAAGGACCCUAAGAAGGAUGCAGCUUCUCAGAGGCUUUACCACCUGGAAGGAGUAAGGCUCGCUGUGUAUUUGAGCAGCCUUCUGGAUGCAUCGUAUAUAACCUGGAACUCUUGACUCUUGUAUUCCAACUAACAGUCUUAUGUAACAUAAACCACAGUGUCUGUAUACGGUCUUCCCAUUAUCUAGUAGCAGCAUCUUGAAACUGGUCAGAACUUGAAUGCCAAUAGCUCAGUCACUAAGAAUAUAUAUGAUCCUGCACUUGGGGAA